CGCCGCAUCAUCUGCCUGGCCCUCAGCUCGUGAUGCUUAUUUACGCUUCGUCAUCUGACAUCUCGCCUACCUCACCGUGCGCCCGCCCUCAUUUCAUCGCGAUCCAUCUCGUUUCCUGACGGCGAGUCCUCCAUCAGCAGUUUCAAGAACAGCAGUCUUUGUCCUGCCCGCCGUUUAUUCUACGUCGACUCGUGCGCCUUUGUCGCUCGCCAAACAAAGGCGUGGACCUGCUGCCGCCUCUCCCAUAUCUUUGCCCGCGUGCGCGGCUGUCGAGACAGUCGGCACAGCCAUCAUGGCAGCUCCUCUCCAGUUCGCGACGUUCACGUCGGAGAUUGAGCUGCCCUUCUACUCUGCGCUUUUUGCGUCCAAGCUCGACUAUGACAAGCUGGACGACUCGGCGCGCAACGUGCUGGGCUUGUAUGAGCCCCGCGUCGAGCAGCCCGAGGCCAGCGGCCGCAUGCAAAUUCUGGGCAAUGCCCUGACAAGCCAGCACUCACCCCUCGGUUCCGCGCGCGGCGAGGGCAUCAUCAAAAAUGUAAAUACGCUUGAGGGUUUCAAGAACAUGGACAAGGCUGCCAUGCUCAAGACAGCUGGACGACAGAUCUGGGAUGCCAUAAACGAUGGCACCAUCUACUCCGUCCCCUCGCUUCUCUCCUCCUUCGUCAUCCUCUCAUACGCGGAUCUCAAAAAGUACAAGUUCACGUAUUGGUUCGCCUUCCCUGCGCUGCACUCGGACCCUCAAUGGAAACGGUCUGGCCCCAGUGAGCGCUUUAGUGCGGAUGAGAGCACCGCGCUCGUCGACAGAGUCGGGACGUGGCGAUACAGCGUCGACAGCCGCGAGCACGGCUUUUUCCUCGCCAAAAAGGUGCGUGGCCAGACUGGUGACGCAGACGACAGCGAGGUAGGACAGAAACUCGACUUUAAGUGGGAGGUAGCGUCACUGCGUCGUUAUGAGGAGGGCUUCUUCAAGAAUAUUGCCGAAGAAGACCAGUAUGUCGCCUUUGUCGAUCCGUCAACAUAUCCUGAAGGCCCCGGAUGGCCGCUUCGCAAUCUCUUGGUCCUCAUCCGACAGCGCUUCCGCCUCUCCAAGGUAAAAAUACUGUGCUACAGAGACACGUGGGCCAAGAGGCAUGAAGCGCGCAGCGUCGUCUUACCCAUUCAGAUGGAGGCUGUCGACUCUAUGGAUCUUGACCAGAUGCCCAAGGUCACAGGCUGGGAGAGGUCCAAGAACGGAAAGCUUCAGGCCCAGCAAGUGAAUCUCGGAGAGUAUAUGGACCCCGCGAGACUAGCCGAUUCCUCAGUCGAUCUGAACCUCAAACUGAUGAAGUGGCGGCUGGCACCUGAGCUCGACCUGGAGGGCAUCAAAAACACAAAGUGUCUCUUGCUCGGAGCAGGGACCUUGGGAGGCUACGUCUCGAGAAAUCUACUGGGCUGGGGCGUCAGGAAAAUCACAUUUGUCGACUACGGACGGGUAUCCUUUUCCAAUCCGGUGCGACAGCCGCUCUUCGAAUUCGAGGACUGCACCGAUGGCGGCAAGCCCAAGGCCGCUCAAGCAGCAGCUAUGCUGAAGAGAAUCUAUCCAGGGGUGGAAACGGAAGGCCACUCUCUGUCAGUACCCAUGCUUGGUCAUCCGUUCACAGACGAAGACAAGACCAAGGCCGACUUGGAGAAACUCGAAAGCCUGAUCACAGAGCACGACGUCAUUUUCCUGCUCAUGGAUACUCGCGAGUCGCGGUGGCUGCCGACAGUCAUCGGAAAGGCGACGGGGAAGAUUGUGAUGAAUGCGGCGUUGGGAUUUGACUCAUACGUGGUGAUGCGACAUGGCUCCGAAACAAAGGAAGGAGAGUCGUCUCUGGGUUGCUACUUUUGCAACGAUGUCGUCGCGCCGGCUGAUUCCAUGAAGGAUCAGACGCUCGACCAGCAAUGUACAGUAACUCGGCCGGGCGUCGCAGCCAUGGCUUCGGCUCUCCUCGUGGAGCUCCUGACUAGCCUUCUACAACACCCACUACGCCAGCAUGCUCCAGCGCCGCAGAUCAGCCAAGGCGUCAUCCCAGAGCGAGACCCUCCAGAGCACCCCCUCGGCCUCGUGCCCCAUCAGAUUCGGGGGUUCGUGUCCACGUUCCAAAACAUGGUGAUCCGCGGACAGUCGUAUGACAGCUGCAGUGCCUGCAGCCCGAAGGUCCUGGACGCCUACCGCAAGGAUGGGUGGGACUUUGUGAGACGCGCUCUGCAGGAGAAGGACUACGUCGCCGAGCUGUCGGGCCUCGCCGAGGUGCAGCGGCGCGCGGAGGAGAUGGCGGCGAACGUGGACUGGGAGGAAGACGAUGACGUGGAUGAGGAGGGUGAGGUCAUGGUGUUCUAAGGACUGGGGCGGCCGUCUUGCUUCGUUCGCUGGCGGCGGCUACGCUCAGAAUUAGGCUCAUCGUUAGAGCUGGCGUUC